AUGUGGGAGCCAGGGAUAGGGCGCGCCAUGAGUCCGCCACCGAUUCCAGGCUUCUUGGGCGUGCCUCAAUGUUGCCCUCUUCUGUCACGACCCAUGAGGCACGAUGAACUCUCCAACAUGAUGCCGGAAACUAAGCGCCUCUCCAUCAACCUUAAAAGAGAUGCUACUGGCAUCAGAGAGGUGGAUCAAAGUCCAGAUCAAAGUCUAGCCGCCCGUCGCAAACGUCUUGACUCCGUGCCGCCAACUGCGGAACCGCUCCUGGAUAAGCGAGUGUUCGAUGUGCGGGAGCUAGACGCAGCAAAAUCUGCACUCAGGGAUGCAAGGGAGAGCGUCCCGAAGAACCCUUUCCCCAGAGCACGUAUUCGCAAGUGGAGGUUGGCGGGCAGUGAGAGGCAACCGAACCCAGUCAAGACAUAUGGGGUGUCGGAUUAG